GUCUUGGGCCCCCAGACGAAGCGGCGGGCACCGAGUCAACUGGUGGAACAGCGGGCAUCGAGUCAACUGGCGGAACUGCGGGCACCGAGUCGUCUGGCAAGACUGCGGGCACCGAGUCGUCUGGCAAGACUGCGGGCACCGAGUCGUCUGGCGGAACAGCGGGCAUCGAGUCAACUGGCGGAACAGCGGGCACCGAGUUGUCUGGCAAGACUGCGGGCACCGAGUCGUCUGGCAAGACUGCAGGCACCGAGUCGUCUGGCAAGACUGCAGGGCACCCGAGUCGUCUGGCAAGACUGCGGGCACCGAGUCGUCUGGCAAGACUGCGGGCACCGAGUCGUCUGGCAAGACUGCGGGCAUCGGAUCAGGUACCGGAUCAUCUGGAUCAACAGCGGGCAUCGAGUCAACUGGCCUAAUAGGAUCGUCAGGCUGGAUCAGUUCAUCAUGCUGGGUAGAGGCAUCAGGCUGAAUGCCGGCGUCUGGCUGAGUAGAGGCUUCAGGCCGAGUAGAGGCUUCAGGCCGAAGAGGCAUCAGGCUGCGUACAGGCAUCAGGCUGAGUAGAGGAUUCAGGCUGAGUAGAGGCUUCAGGCUGAACCACGGAAGGCAGGUUCACCGGUUUGGAUACUGGCAGGAUGGUAUUGGUUGGAAAGAAUUUUCGCUUUUUUCUGGUUUUAACUACUGGAGCACUGCAAGUAAACGCAGGUCUGCAAACGAAUGGAGCAGCUGGAGACAGAGAAGAACUGGAGGAUGGAACAGGAGAGGGAGCAAUUGCUACAGAGGGCUUUUUUUACAGGGUUAAAGGCAGGAUAGGUGCAGCAAGUGGGAACAGGGUACUGACAUGCGGUAGAUAG